UUCGUGUUCUCAGUGAUUUCUGCCUUUGUGCAGAGACACACACUUUCAUCAUGUUGCUCUCUGAGACAUCGUUGGUGCUGCUGAUGGUUUGCGGCACUCAGGCUUCACAUUUUUUAGGCACAGUCAUGACCUACUACCCAAAGGACACUUUUGCAGAUGGAUCUGUCACGGUGACCCUUCGGUAUAAGUUGAACUUCCACGACUGCAUAUAUGAUACCACAUGGAGUUGCCUCAGUGGUGAUUGUGGGACUGGAACCUACACACUACAUGUGGUAAAACAGGAGAGCAGUGGAGACUGGUGUCAGAGAGAGGGAAUCAUGACUCGACAGGUUUCCAGCAACGCUCCGUUUGAACUUUGGUUGGGUGGUGGUAACUGGAUAUCAAGCAUCAAUAACAUCAUAUCAUUGAGAGCUGUGACUCGGGUAGAACUGAGGUACCGGUCCGACACCGGCAAAGCCAACACAUCACCUCAGACCACCAUCCUACCAGCUGUGGGAGUUCCUUCAAACUGUCAGAGAGAUUUCAGCCUGUUGAUGUUUGACCCUGAUGGAGACGAAGUUAAAUGCAGAUAUGGAAACUCUGCACUCUCAGAGUGUAACCCCUGCACUCCACCGUCUGUCCUCAGCCUCUCAUCGUCCUCUUGUACUCUGUCAUUCAGCCCCACCAGCAGCAGUAAUGAAGGUUCAUAUGUAGUACAGCUGGUGAUGGAGGACUUCCCCAGACAGACCAUCACUCUGACUCAAACCAACGGGACACAAACAACAAUAACUACCAAUGAUGCCAUCAGCAAAAUACCGAUUCAGUUUGCUUUGAAAGGUACCAAUAUACGUUUCAUUAUCUUACAAUGAAAGCACUAAAGAGCUGCUGCUGAUGAACUUAGUGCUCGGCCUGAUGUACAGAGAUGU